AUGAAGCUCUUUACUUCCUUGAUCGGUUGCGUGGCUGUGCUUUCUUCCAUUGCUUCUGCCGUUUCUAUAACGUCGACUCAGAACUGGAAUAUUACGAACGACCCAGAAGGCUCAGCUCGUCUCAAUGGUGUCUCGUUCCAACAGAAUCCCCUGACGACGUUUGGAGAUUAUCAAUACGUUGCUUUUUACAGCACAGCGUCUGGAUACGGCAAGCACUAUGUCAACCUCGGAAGACGCAAGAUCUCCCCUUCACUGGGUGAGUGGCAGUACUUUGCCUUGACCGACUACGUCCAGCAAACCCUCGACGAACACAACACCAUCAGCAUGGGCAUCAGUGGUGACGGGAAAAUCCAUCUAAGUUUCGACCACCACGACGUCCCCCUCAACUACCGUGUCAGCACCACUGGCAUCGCAAAAACAAUCCCCACAGCAUGGACAGCCAGUGGUGCCUUUGGGCCCGUUCAACACAGCCUCCCCGGCUCGACCGGCCCCUGGACUCCCCUCACGUACCCACGCUUCGAGUCCCUCGACAAUGGCGACCUCCUGAUGGAAUUCCGCAUCGGCCAGUCCGGCUCCGGCGACUCAUACAUCCACCGCUACUCGUCCAGUUCCGGUACGUGGAGCGCGGUGGGAAAAUACCUCCAAGGCGCCAACAACAACGCCUACAUCAACGGCAUCACGAACCGCGCCUCCAAACUCUACGUCUCGUGGACCGUCCGCGAAACACCCGACGCCAGUACGAACCACGACUUUUACUUCGCCUCGUCCGACGACGGCGGUAACAGCCAGAUCAUAAACCAAGAAGCUCAAUGCGUCGAUGCCUCUGGUCGUUUCCACGCGUUGAUGCGCGACUCCACAUCCGGCACACCGCUCUUCUACCACUACCUCCGCACGUCCAGUGGCACUUUCACCAAAACGCCCAUCCGCGUAGCCGGUCUAUCCACCCCGCCUUACCUGUCCUACCGCGGGAAAAUCACCUCCGUGGGUGAUAGUGUUAUUGCCAUCUUGCCAGAUCAACCCAAACUCAGCAUUCAGAUUUGGACGGCGAGUGCGGCGGGGGGUUAUGCGGAUUGGAAGAAGUUGGUCGAGGUGCCGAAUUCUCAGGGCGAACCCGGUGUGGAUGAGGAGAGGUUGAGAAGGUUUGGGGUGUUGAGUCUUUUUGUUAGGCAGGGGGGAGCGUUUGGGACGAGGAAGGUGCAGGUUUGGGAUUUUGGGGUCAAGGCUUGA